GCGUGCGUGCGUGCGCGUGUGUGCCAGUGUGUGUGAGAGAGAGACGCAGAGUAAGAUCGGACAAGCGAGCGGACUUCACAUAGCCGAGUAUAGAAGAGAAGAAAGAAGUUGUUGAGAAGUGACCAUGGAGAGGAUGGUAUCAGGACGCGUCUGGUUCGCCUGCGUUUCAGUUCUCUUUACAUUGCACGUAUGUCUGGCUUCAGUGUCAAUCAUGGUGACUCCUACAGUGGAUGUGCUUAAAGAUGAAACUGCCCGGCUGCCCUGUUCCUACAACACCACCGGGUCUAUUGCUGUGGUCCAGUGGUUCAUUGAGUCUGCUGGCACACGGAAGCGUGUAGCUUUCAGGUCACUCACAGACUCUGCCAUUGAUAAAGACACACUGUUAACAGACCGCGUCACCAUGGAAACCGACAUGACCCUGGUCAUCUCUUCAGUAAAGGUGACAGAUGAGAGGAGCUUCUUCUGCCAGGUGGACGGAGGACCUGUGGGUACCUCAGAGGCUGAGACCAAACUCAGAGUUUUCGAUGCUCCAGAAAAGCCAGUGGUGUCUGAAAACAAACAAGUCAUUCCUUUAAGCCCAGAUGGCCCAGUUGCACAUCAGGUGGGCAAAUGCACAAGCAACAACGGUCACCCGGAGCCUCGUAUCAUCUGGUUUAAAGACUCUAAUCCACUGCCAGAGGUGUUAGAUCCUAAAGAGAAGAUCUACAUGGUCCCAGGUGUGGUGAAGGAGUCCUCAGGUCUCUUCACAGUCACAAGCACUCUGCAUCUCCAACCCGAGAAGAAGGACGCCAAGUCAGUGUUCCACUGCACUGUGGAGUACCGUAUGCCAAACGGCGAGAUCAAAAAGGAGAACUCUGAACCUUUUAACCUCACCCUGCUCUACCCAGCCGAGAAAGUGAACUUCGAACUGUUGAACACAGCACCGAUCAAAGAGGGAGAUGAUGUCCAGAUGAAAUGUGAGACGGACGGAAACCCUCAGCCUCAGUUUGAGUUCACCAUAAAUGAUGGCAAACCAUACACUAGUGACACCGGAUUGUGGAUUGUGCACAGCGUCACACGCAAUGAUGCAGGGACCUACAAGUGUGAAGCUAUGGACUUCGAUGCUCUGGAUGCUGACCUGGUCAAGACUCUCACCUUCAACGUGCACCAUCUGGACCCAGUGUCCGUGGUGCCAGCUGGCCCUUUGAUGAUUAAUAAAGGUGAGCCCAUUGAGCUUCAAUGCAAGACCAGGUCUUCUGAUGAGUACACCCUCUCAUGGAUGAAGGAUGGUAAACAGCUGUCUCAGAAGGGCUCGCUGUCUCUGCAGUCUGCAAGUUUGGAUAAUGCUGGCAACUAUGUGUGUAUUGCGUCAGUCCCCUCAGUGCAAGGCCUGCAGAAGCAAGCUAAUAUCACAGUAAUUGUCACAGGUCAGCCUGAGAUUGAUGAGCCCAUAACCGGAAUGGUUGCAAAGCAGGGAGAUAUGGUCACUCUCAGGUGUUCUGCUCAAGGCUAUCCUGCUCCACAGUUCACCUGGAAACCGUCUGGAAAGGAGUCAGUAAUAUUAAAUGGGAAUAAGAUCAUCAGUACCGUCACCCUGGAGGCCACAGCCGCUGUUCUGAAGGAUGGUGUCACUUGUGAGGCAAACAACAUCCACGGUGCAGACAGCAGGAAGUUCACAGUCGAAAUCAAGUCAGACAACGAAGCCGAUUCAAACGAUGCACAAGCUGAGGGUCAGCAGGGUGGCUCCAAAGGAGUGGUGGUUGCAGUGUUGGCGUGUGUACUGCUGUUGCUCCUGCUGGUGGCUCUUCUCUAUUUCCUCAGUAAGAAGGGCAGGAUGGCUUGCCGCAAGAAUGAGAAGAAAGAUGCUGCGUCUGCGGAGACGAACAAUGACAUUGUGGUGGAGAUGAAAUCCAACAAGCCCACUGAAGAGUCAGGGCUGCUUAAUAAACCCCAUGGAGAGCAGUGAUAUGAGAGAAGAAUGUGGACGAAGAUAAAUCAUCAGAGGAACUGAAGAGCAGCAGGGGUGCUUGUGUGUGUGUGUGUGUAUGGUUUUUUUUUUCUUCCGGAGUGAGGCACCAACCUGAAGCGGAGGAGAGGAUAUAUUUGAGCUGUAAAUUUUGUUUAGGGUCGUGUUAAGGGAGGCGAAUGGGGUUUGACACAGCGUUUAGGGUUAAGGACAGUGGGUUUGAACAAUUUUUGUAAGUAAAAGUGCCCUUCUCUUUUGUAUUGGGGUGGGGGAAAUUUAAAACCUUUUUUUUUUUCCUAAAGUGAGAAGCCAAUCACGCAAAUCAUUGUCCACUGAUCAUGACUCUGCAGACUAGCUGUGGAAAAGAAAGCAGUGGAAACUCAAUCCAGCACCGGGCAUCCUGACAAAUUUCUUUUCCAUCCCAGAAUCCUGAUCUUUUAAUUAAAUCACUGGGUGCUCUUCUCUUUUUCGACUUCGUCUGCAUUAGACACUGCACUUACUGUCUGUUCUUUCCCAAUUCUUCACAAGUGCACUGAAACCUGGUGAUCAUCUGCUCGUAAGCACACACUUUGUCCUGUACAAAUUGCUUGACUGUGGACUUGCAUGCUACUGAACAUAGCCUGUCUCUCUUCUUUCCCUACAUUUGUAUGUAUAGCCAAAUGUUUGCUUUUUUUAUAUAUAUAUCUGUAUUACAUGGUAGCUUCUUAUACAGCAUUGCCAAUACAUCUGUAAAGUUUGAGCAAACCAAAUGCUUGGAGGUGCCAUGGAGCAAGAGAUUAGAAAGCCAGCAACACAAUGUCAUGCUAAUGAAUGCUCUGAUAUGUACAGGACUAACAAUGAGACGCUUGAGGGUUUUUUGUUUUGUUUUGUUUAAUUUUUUUUAAACCCUGUGACCUCGCAGAAAAUCGUAGGUUUUUUUUUUUGCUUGUUUUUGUAACCCUGUGACCUUGCAAAAAUUAUUCGUUUUUUGUUUGGGGUUUUUUUUUUUGCUUGUUGCAAAAUAUCUUUUUGUUGUUGUUUUUUAAACAUUGUCACAGCAAAACAUCUUGUUUUCUUGUUUUUAUUUUGUUUUUUUAAACCCUGUGACCUAAAACAAAUAUAUAUUUUAGUAGUUGUUUUUUUUGUUUGUUUGUUUGUUAAACAUCUUGUUUUUUUGUUUUUAUUUUUGGGUUUUUUUUUUUAACCCUACGACCAUCUUGGAUUUUGAUUUUUGGCCUUUUUUUUAAACCAUGUCACCUUGAUAUAAAAAAAAAAACCAUCUUGUUUUUUGAUUUGCUUUGCUUUUUGUUUUAUUUUUAACUCUGUAUUCUUGUGAAACAUCUUGUUUUGUUUUGGCUUUCUUGUUUUUUGUUUUUUUUUCCAUACCUGGAUGCCUCAGUGCAACCUGGCCAUGCACAAACAGUAUGCUAUUUAUACUAAAAGGGCUGUGGAGAUAAAUACAGAACUCUUAUCCUCUUAGACAACUCCAUGUGUGUUUCUCAGACCUCCGUGAUUUGUAUUUAGUUUAGUGCCUAUUUAAAAUCCUCCAGCAUCUCACUCAAUUCCAGUUGCAUGGCCCUGUACAAAAAUCUACAUUGACAGCAUUUGGCAGACGCUCUUAUCCAGAGUGACUUACAUUUAUUAUCUCAUUUUAUACAACUGAGCGAUUGAGGGUUAAGUGACUUGCUCAAGGGCCCAGAGGUGGACACUUGGUGGACCUGGGAUUUGAGCUCACGACCUUCCAAGCAUGCGUUAAUCACUAAGCUACCACAUCCCCCACAUUCAAAAAAUUUCCUUUUUUGAAACCAAAAAUAUGAAAGGCUGUAAAGGUAUUGAAUUCUCUAUCAUAUUAAGAGACUUAAAGCUCCAGCCAAAUUACUGCUGUUAUGUCCGUGAUAUAUUCUUUGAAUGUGAUUAAAUAAGUAUGUCACACACACUGUGCUUCUUUCCCACAGGCUCUAGCAGAGUAAUUAAAGAUGCUCUAACUUAUAUCACAUGCGAGGUAACAGUAAUUGAAUAAGGCCGGUUAGGGAAGUGUGUGUUUAUGCUAUACAUCCGAAGGCUUUGAUUUGAAUAUGAGCUAACUACUGAGUCUUGAGUGUACAUAUAUAUAUGUAUCCUGCGGUAUUGUGUGCGGUAUCCAUUAACCGCACACACACACACACACACAUAUGCACGCAUACACACAAAUACUCGAUGCUUUUUCAAUAUGUGGCUCUGAGAGUGAACUAGCACCAUCAUUCAUCAUAUUCAUCAAGCUGAAUAUUAUAUUUUAUAUUUGAUUAGAUUUUUUUUUUUCCAGCUAUAAUUUCAUGCCAAUUUGUCACUGAGAUGUCAUCAAGCAUUAUAGCCAUUUUUUUUUUUUCAAUUUUGUGAAAGAAACAUAUUAUUUUUGCAUAAUUUUUUGUUUAAUGAUUUUUGUGUUUAAACUACUGAAAUACUUCUUCUGUUCUCUCUCUGUCACGUUCACUGGUCUCACAGGUCAGAUUUAGAUAUCUUGUCAAGUAUUGUGACUGCUUUCUCCUUUCUGAUGUAUAUUUUGUGGUAUUAGUUGUGUGAUUUGUAGCCUGUUUCUUCCUCUUUUGUGGAUCUGUGUAGAAUUUAUACUGAUAAAAAAAAAAAUCCCACACCUUA